GUUUGUAGCAAACAUUUCUCUGAAGAUGAUUAUAUAGUAACAAGGAUGCCAAAUAAUCGAAUGAGACAUAUGCUGAAGCUCAAUGCUGUGCCCAAAUUUCAGGAGCCAGAGGGAACAGAAGGAGAGUCCAUGGAAGGUGUUCCAGAGCCGGGAACGUCGGGAGCGUUGGGAACGUCGGGAACGUCGGGAACGUCGGGGAGCGUCGGGAGCGUCGGGAGCGUCAGUGGAUGUUGGAGAACCAGAGCUUGUUCCCACAGCUUCUCCUAGACUUUCUGAACACGGAGAGGAGGACAACUUUGCUGCCUCUGAAAAUGAACCGGAAAGUAAAGAAACUGAACCUAAAGAAGGCGAGGCGGCUUCAGAGACGACUCUCUCUCCAGAAGAGACAAUCAGCACAGUUUUGGUUGACGGCGGUGAACAAGGCGGCACUUUGGAGUCUGAGAGAGAGCCGAAAGCUGAGGAGGAGUCCGAGCUGAACGAGCCAGAAGUCGACACUAAGGAGGACACCAGCGAGCAGCAGGUGAAUAAAUCGAGGCUCUCUUCAGCGGACGACCUCGAUGAGAUGAUGGACAUUGGUACGGUGGACCAGGUGGAGCAGGAGGCUCAGAUGAAAGAGGAGCAGCAGGAAAACUCGAUGGACGUGGAGUGCAGUCGAUCACCUACCACUUCAACUACAGCCUCAGUGGCGGAGGACAGUAACUCUGUUGGGGAGGAAACGGAUGUGAAACCAACUGUAUUACCAGCACCUGCAGAGGAGGACAUGAAAGUGUGUUUGGACGUGAUGCAGUCCGGCUCGUCUCCGUCGUCUGAGGCCACGGCCAGUACAGGAAGGGACAGUUCAUCGCCAGCUACUGUAAUGAACGGGAUGAAAGUAGUGAAGCUGUCAAUACCAACAUUUGACAAUGAAAUCAUACAAUCUGAUGCUCAGCCAAUGAAGUCGUCUCCUUCCCCUCCCAUGGUGACUGUGAAGGAUGAGCCGAUAGACGAAGAGUAUGAACAAGCUCUAAUAUCCUCGACACCGACAGCAAGCGUGAAAGAUGAGCCCAACACUGCAAAGGAGGACUUGAGGAUCGGUUCGGUCUACUCUGUGACCACAGCUGCUGAAUCGCCGUCGCUCCCCACCAUCUACCCCUUCCUGGAGAUGUACUGUUCAUACUGCAGGAAGAGCUUGAAGAAAGGACAGACGGCGUUCCAGAGGAAGGGCUCCCCGGCGCUCUUCUGCUCCACCUCCUGCCUCACUACGUCGCUCCCCUCGGCUAAAGGAUCCCCUAAGGUCUGCCACAACUGCCAGAAGUUGAUAUUUCGGCCUCAGGACAUCAUUCUGGCUCCAGAUGCUAAAGGAGGCAUGAAGGAUUUCUGCAGCCAAAGCUGCCUGACCAACUUCAACUUCAGGAAAUCUGCCGCCGCCAAAAAAUCACAGCCACUGCAGCCGCUACCGCCACCGUCACUCUGCAGCAUGUGCACCAGAUACUGUGUUACCAAACAUGAGGUGAUCCUGGGCGGUUCUGUCCACAAGAUCUGCAGCGACGCCUGCUUUAACCGUUUCCGCACCGUGAACAACCUUUCCAUGGCCGGCUGUGCGAACUGCGGCUCCUUCUCCCUCAACAAACCGCUCAUGCUGAAGAUGGAAGACUGCAACAAAACUCUGUGCAAUGCAGAGUGUCUGGCAAAGUACAAAGAGAAAACCAAGAUAAACCAGCCCUGUACGAUGUGUCGCACGACCCGUCUGCUGGUAGAAAUGGUUGACAACAAAAACAACGACGACUCUGUGAGCCUCUUCUGUAGCAGCAGCUGUGUGAUGGCCUUCAUGGUGCAGACUGUCAGCGUAUCAGGUGCUCGGAUGAAUUGUGAUAAUUGUGGGAAAAACACCGUACCGUCCUAUCAUCUGGCCAUGUCAGACACCUCCAUCAGGAACUUCUGCACUCUGCCUUGCGUCAUGUCCUUUCAGGAAAAGUUCAAGAAGUCCCAGAAACAGGUGAAUGUUUUUACCAAGCUGCCCAUUGGAUCCACUCCAAUCCAGACCGCCACUCCUCCCCAAACUGUGCCAGACUCUCCUAAAGGACCACUGAAACUGAACUGCGCCCAGUGUUCCCGCAACAUAGCUUUUAAACCCGACCUUCUCCAGAUCAAGGAUAAGUUGGUUUUCGUGUGUAGUAUGGACUGCGCUUACGAGUACAAGAAGGACAACUUUGUGACAAGCCUGUGUGAAUACUGUAAGAUCGAAAAGAUCACCAGGGACGCCAAGAGAAUUAACAACAGAGACUGCUUCUUCUGCAGCGACGGCUGUAAGCUCCUCUACAGACACGACCUGACUAAAAACUGGGGGAAACACUGUCAGUCCUGCGUCUACUGCCACAGUGUGUCCAAGAAGCUGGUGACGGCUCAGUACGGAGGCUCGACGGAGGAGUUCUGCUCCGAGGACUGCCGGUCCAAGUACACCAUGCUCUUCUGCCAUGUGGCAAAGUGUGACACGUGUGGCCGCAAAGGGAAACUGAAGCAGAGUCUUCCCAUGCUGGGGGAAGUCAAACACUUCUGUGACCUGAGUUGUCUUCUGCAGUUCUGCUGUGAUAAAGUGGCCACGCAGGGAGAGAUCUACAGAGGUAAAGGCGAGGCCACGCCUAUCAUCGCCAACGUCAUCUCACUCGCAGGCUCUCCUACAGGGAAGUCCGACAAAACCGCCCAGCAAAGUACACAACAGCACACAAAAGCAGUCACUCGCCUUCAAUCAAAGAAAUCUGGACAUAUCAGCAUUCAGACAGAUUCAGUGAAAGUUAAUCCUCCUCCACCUGGACAAAAAAUCCUCAAGAACAAAGCUCUGCUCUGCAGACCGCUGGUGCAGAACAAAGGGGUCUCCUGUCGAACACAGACGGUCGAUGUCGAAGCACAGACAGAUGACCUCUUCCCAAAACUCAUGGUGGUUCCUGUCCCAGUGCCGGUUUAUGUUCCUGUACCCAUGAACAUGUACAGCCAGUGUACCCCCAAACCUGUGGGCCUGCCUUUACCACUGCCUGUACCCAUGUUCCUUCCUGUGACGAUGGACAGCGCCGAACGCAUCGUGGAAACCAUCCAGGAGAUCAAGGAAAAGAUCCCAUCCGACCCCUACGAGGCCGAGCUCAUCCUCAUGGCCGAGAUGGUCGCGGAAGAAGACGAGACGAAAGACAAAGAGGAGACACCAAAGGAGAAGGUGGUGGAGAAAGAGAAAGAGAAACAGGAAGCAGCUGCUCCAGAAGACCAGGCCAGUCACUACAGCGACGACUUGGACACAGACGAAUUGGCCAGUUUCCUCAACAACUGGGAGGAUGCCUCCUCUGAAGCAGGUGUCAAGUCUCCCAGUCGAUCGUACACCCAGGAGAAGCUCAACCCGGUUCUAGACAUUCCUGUGGGUAUGACCAUUGAGCCUGACUCCGAACCCCCACCUCCUGCUCCGCCUCCCAUGGACAUCGAAGCUGACUUCACUGUCGAAACUCUGGAGAGGAUGGCCCGGUUGCGAGAGCAGUCCCGGCGAUCCCCGAGCCCUCCGCCAAAUGCUUCACGACGACGACAAGCUCAUAGGAAAGCCCGAGAAAAGAGGGGUCGUAAGUCACAGCGGUCGUCUAAAGGAGCUGAGGCGUCAACCCGAAAAGGCGCCUCCAACAAGGCCAAGGGUCCCGACGUCCAAAAACUGAAGAGUCAGUACGGAGUCGACGCCUGGAAGCGAUGGAUCCAGUGGAGGCAAACUCAGCCCAACCUGGAGAAGCCUCGCUUUGGCUCUCGUCCCAUGGAGCUGAAGGAGGACGUCCUUCGCUGCACCACUGCUGAGCUGAGCUACGGUCUCUGCUGCUUCAUCAGUGAGGUCAAACGACCCAACGGAGAACCGUACUCCCCCGACAGCCUGUUCUACCUCUGCCUCGGCAUUCAACAGUACCUGUUUGCUAACGGUCGCGUGGAGAACAUAUUCAUGGAUCGGUUCUACAACAAGUUCUCCACUGAGUUCACUAACAUGCUGAGAGGUUUCAAACCUUCAGUCACAGCAAACGGUUACAUCCAUUCCCGUGUGGAGGAGGAGUUUCUGUGGGACUGUAAACAGCUGGGGGCGUACUCCCCCAUCGUCCUCCUCAACACUCUGCUCUUCUUCUGCUGCAAGUACUUUGGCUUCACCACGGUGGAGCAGCACCGCCAGCUUUCCUUCGCCCACGUCAUGCGCUGCACCAAAACCAACCCGAACAACACCAAGACCACUUUCCUGCGCUUCUACCCACCAAUAUCCAUAAAUGACCCCGAAUCAGAUCCAGAGGUUCCAGCGAAGAAGCGUAAGGAGGAGGAAAGUAAAGAGGAUAUCCUGGAGAUGAUGGAGAACACAGAGAACCCUCUCCGCUGUCCAGUCCGACUCUAUGAGUUUUACCUCUCCAAGUGCUCGGAGUCAGUUAAGCAGCGCACCAACCUGUUCUACCUUCACCCCGAGCGCUGCUGCGUCCCCAACAGCCCCCUGUGGUUCUCCUCCACCCCUCUGGACGACAGCACCAUGGAAGCCAUGCUCAUCCGCAUCCUCACCGUCCGAGAGCUGCAUCUAAGAGCGAGGAACGAUGGAGGGACGGAGGAGAAGAUGUCCAAUGAUCCACCAUUUGUACCUGACGAGGAAGAUGGAGAUUCGGAUUGAUGAAGAGCAGAAGUGACCUUUUAUUGGUGCAGUGGCUUGUGGUGUAAAUAUUUGUAGAUAAACUGUUCAUUUAAACAUUGCCCAAUAAAAGAACAGAACGAGUCUGUCACAUGCGUAACUACAAUGUGCAGAACUGCGAAUAAAGUCAUACUUCCUAAAACACAUGUUGUGUAGGUGGGACUACAAGACUGAGCUCAACAUUCAGACUGUUAACUGCUGCUCAGCAGGACACAUAGCUGUCCCUCUGUGUUUUGUCUGCUGAAUGGUUGCCUCUAAUGGAUAAUGCUACUUUUUUUCUUCCACAUUAUGAUUCCUUUAAAUUGGACUUUUUCCUGUCGUCGUUUAAAAGAGCUAAAAUUAAAAACUUUUGAUUUCUGUCGGUGUCAGUGAGUAAACGUCCAAAAGAUAAACUGAAAACAGCUUUCUCUGAUGUAGAUGUUAACCAUCAACUAUCAUAUUAAGUGAAAAAUCUGCGGCAAAGUUUGAUUUUCAAGAAAUCAUCACUGAGUGCAAUUACAUGGGCAUGAAUUACGUGUUCAUGUUUAUGAUAAUAUUCGGGAUAUGGUGUUUACAUGAGCACAGAGAAACUGGGUUUUCCAUUUUCCCUGUAUACAUCCCAGUUUCUGAAUCAGUUUCUAGCAUAUUUGUUUUUCCCAUACACAGAAUAUGGUAUUAUAAAGUUAAAACACAUAAAAGGGAUACCCCAAAAACCCAAUCAUUAACAGGUUAUUCAUGUCUAUGUAAAUGUGCUCAAUGUCAUUUUUUGGUGUCAACGAGCACAUGAUUCCAGACCCAAUAUUUUUGCAGUUUUUAUACCCCUGAGGAUUGUUUGAAAAUCAUUCUUGGAAAUUUAGGAAAUUAAUUUCUUGACAAAAUAAUUCCUGGAACUAAUAAGAAAUUACAUACCAAAGUGUGUUAUGACUGAUUUUUUUUUUCUUUUAUAUCUAAUAAUAUAAUAGAUGUUCCA